AUGUAUCUGUCAUACUAUUUGGUAGUGCUAAUUUUGCCGUUAUACGUCGCGCAAAUAACGGUACCAAAUGGAGGCGAUGAGGGAAUACAAGCAGCAAUAAGAAAUGACGAUGAAAUAAAGAUUGUGGCUAAUGACAGUAAAGUAAACGAAAAACGGCACAAAUGUGAAGUAUGCGGUAAGCAGUUCGGAUACACAGGCACUCUGCAACGCCAUAAGAUGACACAUACCGAUGAAAAGAAUAACAAAUGUAACAUAUGCAAUAAAGCGUUCCAAAGGCCCUACAAUCUGAAGGGCCACCAAUUGAUGCAUGGAAGCGAACGACCAUUCAAAUGUUACGUGUGCAACGAAGCAUUUCGAAGAACCGGCAGUUUGAAGAGACACUAUUUGACUCACGGAAAUGUACGACCAUACAAAUGUCACGUGUGCAAUAAAACAUUCAAUGACUCCAGCAAUCUGAAGAGACACAUAUUGACGCAUGGAAACGAACAACCAUUCAAAUGUCACAUAUGCAGUAAAGCAUUCAAAGAAUCCGGGUAUCUGAGGAAACACAUAUUAGUACAUGGAAACGAACGACCAUUCAAAUGUCACGUUUGCAAUGAAACAUUCAAAGAGUCCAUCAAACUGAAGAGACACAAUUUGACGCACAGAAACGAACGACCAUUCAAAUGUUACGUGUGCAAUAAAGCAUUCAAAAGAUCCGACAAUUUAAAGAGACAUUGUUUGACGCAUGGAAACGUGCGGCCAUUCGAAUGUAAAGUGUGUAGUUGGAAAUUCAUUCAGAAAGGUGAUUUGAAUAGACAUAUUAAAGAGCAUAAAAGUUCGGAUGAAAAGCUAUAUUCUACAGUACCAAAUGGAGGCGAUGAGGCAAUACAAGUAACAGUGAGAAACGACGACGAAAUAAGAACUAUGGCUGAUGGCGGAAAAGUAAUCAAAAAAUGGUUCGAAUGUAAGGUAUGCAAUAAACCUUUCAAAUGGUCCAGCGUUCUAAAGAGACACAUAUUGAUGCAUGGAAACGAACGACCAUUCAAAUGUCACGUGUGCAAUAAAACAUUCAAAGAGUCCAGCAAACUGAAGAGACACAAUUUGACGCACAGAAACGAACGACCAUUCAAAUGUUACGUGUGCAAUAAAGCAUUCAAAAGGUCUGGGAAUUUGAAGAGACACAUAUUGAUGCACGGAAGCGAACGACCAUUUAAAUGUCACAUGUGCAGUAAAACAUUCAAAGUACCCGGGAAUCUGAAGAAACACAAAUUGACACAUGGAAACGUGCGGCCAUUCAAAUGUAAAGUGUGUAGUUGGAAAUUCAUUCAGAAAGGUGAUUUGAAUAGACAUAUUAAAGCGCAUAAAAGUUCGGAUGAAAAACUCUAUUCUACAGUAAGUUGCUCAAUGAUAUCGAUAUCAGAUAUCAUUGACACAGAAAUAUCAAUAAGGGAAAUAAUUAGAUUCGCAGGACUAUAA